AGGCUACUUACUUUGGACUAGUGUACUGGGAUUUUAUUAGUCUGAAUGUUUACGUGUUGCAGGAACCUCCUGUGUUGCAAACAAAAGUGGUCCACGUAGACCAACUAAUUACAUUUUCUGAAAAUGGAAAGUCAGGGACGAGGAGGAAGAGGCGGAAGAGGAGCAAGGAGAGGAGAGAAAGGAAGGUGGGGUGAGGACAAGGAUGUCCGUCUGUCCUAUUCUUUGUCAUUUACCCUGCGACACGGAGCCAACAAGUUGGGACUGCACAUGAAUCCUGAUGGGUUCUUAUUCGUUGAAGACCUUCUAGCUCACCCACAGUUCCGCUCGUACUCAUUGGAGGAUGUGGAAAGAGUGGUGGCUGCUAAUGACAAGAAGCGAUUCAAGCUCUGCCGUCACCCAGAAGAUGGACGGUUGCAGAUACGAGCCAAUCAGGGCCACUCUCUGCAGGUGCCUGAUCUGGAGCUAAGGCCGGUGCAGGCCGGUUCCCCCAACUGCCCUGUGGAGGCAGUUCACAGGUCCUACCUCUGUCACUGGACCUCCAUCAGAACCCAGGGCCUCAGUAGGAUGGACAGAACACACAUCCACCUGUGUCUGCCAGGGGAGGAAGGAGUGGCCGGUGGUAGCAGUGAUGUCCGUGACCUGGCCAUAUACAUUGAUGUCCCCAAGGCCCUGGCUGAUGGUAUCCAGUUCUUUUUGUCUGAAAAUGGUGUCCUGCUUACCCCUGGAGAUACUGAGGGGAAACUACCGUUGAGGUACUUCAGCAAAGCCCUGAGACUGAAGCCCACACGGAGUAUUCUGCCGUUGGAGUAGUUGAAGAUAUUGCUCUGAGAAUUGGGGGGACAAGUCAUCACACAGUGAGAAAGCAUUAGGGAGGCUGUUUCGAUGGAAAUGUAUACUGUUUGGAAAGAGCACUUGAUAUUGUUGGGAGACUGUGAAGGCCCUCAGCAAUAACACCAACAACACUGUAUGAUGUUUCUGUUACAGUCGUAACAUUUACAUAACUGAGCAGGAUACAGAAGGAACUCUGUUGAAGUAUCAGGACCGGCUGUGGUUAACAGAUAGUCUUCACUGUUCCUUAGAGAUAGCACACACACACAGUGUGAAUGUUGUUUGUGAGGGAUACAUUAUCUGUGGUUUCCUGAGCUGUUUCUGCCUUUUGCAUGAAACCGUGUUCAAGUUUCAGCCAUUUAUAACAAGUAUUUGCAAUGGUCUUUCAAAAUCUGAUGAAUAAAUAAAUAAUAAUGGUAUUAUAACUAGGCAUACUUACAUUUAGUCAUUUUACAUUUAGUCAUUUGCAAUAUAAACAACAUAUAUAAUAAUAUAUAUAAUCAAGAACAAUAUUCAGUAAAUAAUAAUAGAGGGAUGUCUGCUUUGCCACCUGGCCGUUCUCGAAAAUAACACACAAUGUUUCACACCAGAAGGUUUAGAGAACACCCGCCAACUGCUCAAAGGAUGUCCUUAAGCAUGUUUAUUACAACCCAAUACUGUUGUACGGUUGUAGCUACAAAGCUAAAGUUAUUUGUUAUUUGUAUGAAUAAUAUCUAAGCCACAUUAAAGUAAUUUACACAUGUUCAUGAUAAUGAUUUUGAAGAAAAGAUAAUAUACUAUUCACCAGGAUUAACAGGUGAAUUGCAAGGACCAACUUUGGUCAAUUAAACAAUGUGCCUUUAAGUUA